AAGUAGACUCACCAUCUUGCAUGACCCUCUCUGCCAACAAAAAUUAUAUUUCAACUAUAACUAAAACAAUUUAUGUUCCUCAUCAUAUAUGUGCUUUUAAUAUUCCUUGUCCUUUCUUUUUUCUAUUUCCUCCUAUAAGUAAAUUUGCCUUCAUAACAACACUAACACAACAACAACAACAAGUCUACUUGUGAUCACAAGUUGAUGAAACAUUUGUGAUUAUUCAAUAUAAUGGAAUUCCCUGAACUUUCUUUAGCUCCUUCACAUCUUUCCAAUUAUGAAUCUCAUCAUGAAAUCAACCUUCCAAUGAAGAGAAAACAAGAAAUGAUUCAACCAAGUGUUGAUCUUCAACUUAAAGAUCCUCUUCCUCUGGAUUGGGAACAAUGUCUUGAUCUUGAAUCAGGGAGAAUGUAUUACCUAAAUAGGAAAACACAAAGGAAGACAUGGGAUUGGCCAAAGGACCAAAAGCUAGACCUUGAACUAAAUAUGUCAUCAAGUUUCAAUCAACAUCAAGAAACAAUGGAUGGUCAUGCUCAAUACUACUCAAAGAAAGUGAACAAAAGCAACAAUAGCAGCAGCAGCAGCAGUAUGAUAGCAUUGCCAUGUUCAAAUUGUCAUCUAUUAGUGAUAGUGUCACAGUCAUCACCUUGUUGUCCUAAUUGCAAGUAUGUCCACUCACUAAAAGAUAAUGCCACCACCUCCACAUCAAAGUGUUAUGACACUUUGAGCCUCUUGAACUAGCUAAACUUGUACUACUACUUCUACUACUACUACUUGUUUGUUGGUAGGAGAUAAAUGUUAUUAAUGUGGUGGUUACAAAGCUAAUCCUCCAAGUAGUACCAUAUGUCA